AUGUUUUUACCAAGUGUUCAUCUCCACUCUGGCUGUUUGGAGCUAGUCCUAGUCCAAUUUCCUAAAUGCAGUCACCCAUACAUACUCAUUCUUAAGAAUGCAUGCAUUCAAAUAACGCCACAACUUGGAGUGACCACCACUCUGACGAGAAUAAAGAAAAGGCCGUCUGCAGGUGGAUUUUCGGCCCUAAAAGUGGUGCUAGGGCGGCCACUUCCACGAACACCCCUCUACCCAAAGCAGUCGGAGAGCCCGCGGCUGUGCCGUUUUUCCGAGCCGUUCCCCCAAGCCUCAGUUGCCUCUGCAUUUUUCAGAAGUGACUCAUCGCCUCAAGUCAGGUUCUGCAGCGGGGAAGCCAGUUCAGUGACUGUGGUUCCCACUGUAUGUAUAGUACGGCCAAUAGAGAAGAGCAGCCACAGAGCUCUUCAGGGAUUCAGGGGCUCUCCUUACAAAUCUGUUUCUCAAGGCAUGGGUGAAAGACCUAUAGUUACAGGAGAGAUGAUUCUGACCGAGGACACACCUAGAAACUCCCAAGUCGCUUAUGUGGAGUGGGAACCAGGAAAUCCCACCUGGAGCUCAUCCAUUUCCUUCAUCACUCUAUCCAGCGACACCAGGAGCAACCAACAAACAUCAUUAUAUUCCUUGGUUUUCCACAAAUGUUUGAGAAUAUUAUGUAUAGAGUCAUUAAAUUCUUUCCUCUUAUAAGUAG